GUCCAUUGGAAAGCCAUUCUUGUUCUUGUUGACCUCAAUGAAGUUUGAAACUGCAGCCAUACACGUCGGUCAAGAUCCUGACCCUGUUACAGGCGCCGUGAUCCCUGCACUCUCUUUAAGCACAACUUUUGCUCAAAGUUCUCCUGGAAAGCCAACCAGUUUUGAUUAUUCACGUUCCAAUAACCCUACUAGACAAGCCUUUGAGCGUUGUGUGGCUGCUUGUGAAGGUGGAAAAGAAUCUGCCGCUUUUUCAAGUGGCUUGGCUGCAACUGUAACUCUGCUGCACUUACUCAAGGCAGGUGACCACAUCGUUUGUAUAGAUGAUGUCUAUGGAGGUACUCAAAGAUAUUUUCGAAGAGUGGCAAAUAAUUUCCAGUUGGAGUUUUCGUUUGUCGACUUUGAAGAUUUGCAAAAAGUAAAAGCUGCUAUUAGAAGCAACACCAAGUUGAUUUGGGUCGAGUCGCCUACUAACCCUACCAUGAAGAUUGUCGAUAUUCGUCAAGUAGCUGCUAUAGUUAGCAAACAUGAUGUGAUGUUGGUUGUAGACAAUACCUUCAUGUCUCCUUACUUUCAGAGGCCUUUGGAGUUGGGUGCACAUAUUUCUUUGAAUAGCGUCUCCAAAUAUAUCAACGGACAUUCUGAUGUCAUUAUGGGCGUUGUUACUUGGAACGAUGAGUCCUUAGGACAACGCAUUCGAUUCCUUCAGAAUAGUCUUGGAGGUGUCCCAUCACCAUUCGAUUGCUAUUUGGCGAACAGAGGUUUGAAGACCUUGGCUAUUCGAAUGAGGAAACAUGAGUCCAAUGCCUUGAAAAUUGCUACUUUUCUAGAGAAGCAUCCCAAAGUCAGGAAAGUGCUGUAUCCUGGUUUGACUUCUCAUCCCCAACAUGAAAUUGCAAAAGCACAGCAACAUGGUUUCGGAGGAAUGAUAACCUUCUUUAUCGAUAGCGACUUGGCAGGAGCUGAAAGAUUUCUUAAGAAAUGCAAAUAUUUUACCUUGGCAGAAAGUUUAGGAGGUGUGGAGUCGCUUAUCGAACAUCCUGCAUUAAUGACACAUGCCUCUGUUCCAGCAGAAGUACGUCAGCAAUUGGGAAUCGAUGAUACUCUCAUCCGUAUCUCUGUUGGAAUAGAGGAUCUCGAUGACUUGUUGGAAGACUUGAAUAAUGCUCUUCAUGCAGUGUAAUCUUGAGUUCUUUGAAAGUUUCAUAGACAGGAUUCAUAAAGAGUUACCCAAUUUU